UGCUGCAGAAAAGUUGAGUUUACAAACUUCAAGCGAAAGGUUCAGUGUCAGUAGGUCUAGAAGACGCAUCGGUUUAUUGAAGAAGUUUGAACUUUCAAGAACUUUUCCCAUGAAGGGAACACGUUUAGUGUUCCUAUACUUCCAAUAACCGAAGAACAGUAUAAGCUACGGCUAUAAUAAUUAGUUACAAAUCUCAAAGUACAGGGGAAAAAGGACGGGACGUUUUGGAACUUUAGGGUGACGUUUUUUUUAAAUCAGUUAUUACUUUUUUGGGUCUUCAACUUUUUUCUGUAACAUUUCCUCAACUUUUUCCAAACAAGAAAAUGAGUAACAACCCGCUACAGCCUCUGCCCGGACAGCAAGUUAUCCAUGUCGCGCAGGACCUCGACACCGAUCUUGAGGCGUUGUUUAAUUCGGUUAUGAACCCAAAACCGAGUUCCUGGAGGAAGAAACUUCUUCCAGAGUCAUUUUUCAAAGAGCCAGAUUCGGGAUCGCAUUCCCGACAGUCGAGCACGGACUCGGGGAGCCACCCGCCCAGGCUAACAGCGCAGCACGUACGGUCACAUUCCUCCCCCGCUUCGCUACAGCUGGGAACCGGAGCCAAUGCAGCUCCAAGCCCGGCUCACCAUGCGCAUCUCCGGCAGCAGUCUUUCGAUGUCGCAGACGAAUUACCUCUUCCCCAUGGAUGGGAGAUGGCGUUUACCCCCACCGGUCAGAGAUACUUUCUAAACCAUGUUGAGAAGAUCACCACCUGGCAGGACCCCCGUAAAACCAUGACCAUGAAGCAGAUGCACAGCCUCCACGGUCCUGGGGCCCCUCCCGCGGUUCAGCAGCGCUCCAUGGCUCUGUCACAGCCCAAUCUCGGCCAGUUGCCCGAGGGCUGGGAUCGGGCAGUCACGCCUCAGGGAGAAACGUUCUUCAUUGACCACAAAACGCAGAGCACGUCCUGGCUAGACCCACGUACGGAUUCCCUUCUCCUGAUGACACACCGCCACCAGCCCCACCAGCCCCCACAGAUACAGCAGCAGCAGGCCCAGGCCAUGGUCUCCAGCCCCCCGGUUUCCCAGCAGAGCCUCCAGCAGCAGAGCUCCCAGGCUGGGCUCAUGAACCUGCCCAACCCCCUGACCACCCAGCAGCAGCACCAGCAGAAGAUGCGGCUGCAGAGGAUCCAGCUGGAGAGGGAGUGUAUCCGCAUGAGGCAAGAGGAGCUGAUGAGACAGGAGGUGGCGCUGUGCAGACAGCUGCCCAUGGACUCCGACAGCAUGGCUCCAGUCCCCCCUCCCGUUAACCCCGCCUCAAUGAACCAGGGAUCAAUGCCUAGCAACAGCACCGACCCCUUCCUCAACAGCGGGCCGUUCCACUCGCGAGAGCAGAGCACAGACAGCGGACUGGGUCUCGGUUGCUAUAGCAUCCCCACCACCCCCGAGGACUUCCUCAACAACGUGGAAGAGAUGGACACAGGUGAGAGCCUGGCUCAGGGUAACAUGGCCGCACCCCAGCCCAGCCGCUUCCCGGACUUCCUGGACUCCCUGCCCGGCACCAACGUGGAUCUGGGAACGCUGGACGGAGCCGACCUCAUCCCCAUCCUCAACGACGUGGAGUCAGUGCUCAACAAGAGCGAGCCCUUUCUCACCUGGCUGUAGAGGACCAGAGACUUUAUGAAACCAGGCACAACUUCUUCCCCACAAUUCCACAGUGUAAUCUGUUAAACUGCCUAAAAGUCACAGACAAACCCUUCUGACUUCAAAGAUAAAAAAUAAAAAAAACACUAACCAAAGUUUUUUAUUUUAUUUUUUUAGGCCAAUAGUACAUUUUUGGCAUUUAUGACAAUUGUACAGUGAUUCGCUGAAAUGGUAGCCAUACCAAACAAAGUAGAAGUGUUUUUGUAUAUUAUGUAGGAUAGACUAUUUACUUUUUGUGCCCUAUAUUUUGAAACUUCAAUAAUUAUCAAAACUGCAUUCCUGCUUCUGAGAGGGACUAGAACAGGCACGAACGUGCAGUCGCCGAAGUUGGCUACGUCUCGUGACUGUGGAAUGCGUGCAUUCUGCCAGUAGAGGGAGCCAGUGCUUCCUGCAUGCUGCAAACCUAAACCGGGUUCAGAACUGGCUGCCAAAUGGUUGGUUCCCCAGUCAACUCCACCUUAUGCAUCUUCGUGGACUCGUGGGGUAUAGCCAGGACGUGAACCCGCAAUCUCCACUACUUAAUCAUGACUAUGUCAAGAUUGUAAACUCAGAAGCCUUAAAAACAAAAAAAUAUUUUUUUUACAAAUACCAAAUUCAUUUUUUUUGGACAAUAUUAUUAUAACAAAGCUUUAAGACAGAAUUUUUUUUUAAGUGAAAAUUGUAUAAAGGUUAAUGUCAUUUUUUAAAGAAAAAAUGUUUUAUUUGCUUUUUAACAAGUGUACUCAGCUGAUGCCAGUUUAGUUAGAAAAACAAAAGCUCACACCUCAAUAUUGCAAGUAUUCAAGAGUAGACUUGUUUUGUAUCAUGUACUUUUUAUAUAAUGCUACAGUAUUGUUUUUUUAUAUACUGUAAAAUAGUCCAGAUCGAUAUUUUUGCAUCUGGUGCCAUAUUAGGAUUUUUAAAAUAGAAUUUGCAUUUUAGUAUUUAUCGAGAGCCAUGAUCAAUUUUUCCAGAGAUUUUAAAAAACAUUUUUUCUAGUAAAUUUUAAAUUUCAAAGCACUACAAGUCAGCUAUGGUUUGAACGCUGUGUGAUUAUGGAAACUGAUUGCUGAGAGCAUCAAGAGUUGAUUCAGAUUAUCUAAAGGUUCCCACUUUGUAAAUAUCAUCGUUGGCCUAUAUGCUUGGUAGGUUUACUGUAGGCAUAUCCGUUGAACAAAUCCAAACAACUUCAAAUCUUUUCGAUUUUGCCAAGUGGGAAAAUUCGUAAAUACAAAGGGGGACAUUUCUGUAAUAUCUAUACUGCAGGGAGUAGGCUACGGCGGGGGUGCUGAGUCAGUCGAAUGAAACGGACCUACAGUAAGAUUAAAGACGUAAAGACGCCGUUUUAUUUCUCAUUCUGCAGUGUAUAUCCAUUCACCUUGGUUUCCACUUUUAUAUAGCAUGUUGAAUUACUUUCUUGGUAUUCCUAGCAUAGGUGGUUUGUAAACACCACUCUUUAACAUGAAUAUACUGUGUUUGGUUACUCUGUAGAACGACAGGACCGAGAUGGCAACGAAGUGAUGGCAUUGUGGAGAUAGUACGUGAAAAUAAGGGUGGGGUGGGGGGUGUUCGAUGCACACUGCUCAUGACGUCCUAGAUUCGUGGGUAUAUGAGUGAGAAUGUACAGACCCAUCCUAAGCCUGGGCGCGUGGCUCUUGUACGAUGUCUUGUAGAUGGGGAGCAGGACCAUAAAAAACACAUACGUGGGGGUCUCUCAGUGCCGAGUCCGGAAGCCUAGACAAAUAUGCCUAGAGGACAGAUCUAAUGUCAUGGUCAAUAAAAUGGCUCGUAAUCGAAAGCCUUUAGAACAAAAAAUGGGAUAUGAAGAUCAAAGUCCACUCCAUUAUAAACGGAUACCGGGGUUUUUGUGUAACGCGAUGAAAUAAUUACUUUACCGGUGCAAACGCACAAUAGAGUAUUGCUGAGCGGCAAACUACACCCGAAUACAAUGUUAUUGUAUGUUAUUAAUCCACCCAUUGUUUGAAGGGUGUAAGUCAUUUAUUUACUAGUUGUGGCUGUUAAGAUAUGUUUAGCCUACUUACCGUCACUCCGACACUCUCCUACACGAUAAAGGAUUUUCUAGAAGGACUGGAGAUGGAUACCUAAAACUUUGCUCUCAUAUAGUACACACUUUUAUCUAGAGAAACUGACAAUGCGAAUAUCUGUAGCUUAUGCUUUAAUGGCCUAAUUUCUAUCCACAUUAUUGGUGGACGUUAUCAAUUUUCUGCCAAAAGACGUAUUUUAGGGUGAAAGCAGGGUUACGAGCAGGGUUAAGGUAAGCGCAGGCUAGGCUACGGCUAUGGUUGAAAACGAGUUAUUCAAUAAUAAUAAUAUGACUGUUUCCAUGUAAUCAGCCUGUUCUUUCUCCAAAACAAAAAUAAAAAUAUGUAAACCCAAAGAAACUGAGACUAUGACGAUGGACGGGCGUGGUACCAGUGGGGAAAAUAACAGUGACUUGAAGUGGAGUGGUUUGGAACAGUUUUGAAAAGGUGCUAGAAUUAGGUUUGAAUGUUUUAGUUUAUUGCUUCUGCUAUGGUCGCACGUGGAAAGCGCUGUUUUCAGGUGGUUAAUGUGAAAGUUUAUGAAGUAAAUCUGGUAACUUCUGGAAUCGCAGACUAGCGAUGGAUGUGUGCAAUGCAUUUCGUGGAAGUGUGGAGUUCACUUUGAGAAAUGUAACCUCAACAAAAAAAAGUCUGACAUGGGCAACAAAAACAUUAUCUUGUAACUUGUUAAAAAUAAAAAGAUUUCAAUACCAAA